GGGGGGGUGACACCCCGGAUUACACCCUCCCCCCACACCGAGCCGAGGGGAGCAGCAGAGCCCCCGCGGGAGGGUUGCUGGAGCCAGAGACCCAACUGCUGCAGCUGUAGCGUCUUGGAAAACAACAACCAACAGCCGCGUCCAACUGCCACGCCCCCGCCUGGGCGCAAGACCAACGACGCCCACGUGGCCCCCCUCCCUGUUUCCCCCCCCCCCCCCCCAUCGCCUGUUCAGCCAGCCAAUAAGAGAGCAACGAAUGGCACUACCCGCCCCGCCUUCACCAAUCGCCUGGCUUGCCAGACCGAUUUGGAGGAGAGGAAGACGACGGCCGGAAGGGAAGGAGCUGUGGGUGUGGGAGACCCCGCGGCUCUGGUAUACCCUCCCUUCCCCCGACCUUCCUCCCGCUCUUAGGUCUCCGGACCAUUGUACAACCUAUUGGCGCCUGCAGUGGGCGGGCUGUGGCUCCCCUAUGGGCCAAUGUAGCGAAGCUCUGCCUGGUGACUGAAACUGAGGAGGCAGGCCAGUGAUGUCAUUGCUGUAGCCCACCAAUGGGGAAGGCGCCCGCGGAGGGGCGGGCUUCUAGGCCUCCCCAGCCCCCGUGCGUGUGCGUGCUGGCCAGAAGGGAAGUCGCGAGCACGGUGGUGAGCGGGAGCUGCGGAGCUCCUCCCUCUUCCCCACCCCCCACCCCCGAUUAUAUAUAAAGGGCCAGCGCGGAGCUCGGCGGCGCCAUUUCGCGCUGGAGCAGAGCGGCCAGUGCUGGGGGAGGGGGAUUGGGCCCACGGCUACAGAGGCGGCAAAUCUCGAGAGUUCGCCAUUACAAUCCACAUCCAUCCGUUCGGAGAUGUCCCUUGGCCUGACCUGGGACCAACCUUGGCGAGUACUGCAGACCCAGUAGAGACCUUCUGAGCUACCCUUUUUUGGGCCCCGCCCAAUACGCCGGGCCUGUCUGCCGCGCCAUCCCGCCCCCUCCCUCCGCCCUUAAGAGGAGAUCAAAGAUGGAGGCGUCGGCGCUCUAAUCUGCGCUCUCCGUGUCUAUCCGCUGCCAUCCGACUCCAGAACCGGCAUUUGGCCACUUCGGUCAUCCCUAUCAGAAAGGCACGGCCGGACUGGGGCAGAGGGGACCCGAGGCCACCCCGACUUGCUGCGGCUAAGGACGGUGCAGAGCCCGGGACAGACAGGAUGCUGCAGAACGUGACCCCCCACAGCAAACUCCCUGGGGAGGGGAAUGCAGGCCUACUGGGCCUGGGCCCUGAGGCAGCAGCCCCAGGGAAGCGGAUCCGGAAACCUUCUCUGUUGUAUGAGGGAUUUGAGAGCCCAACCAUGGCCUCAGUGCCUGCUCUGCAUCUUCCCCCGGCCAAUCCACCACCCCCUGAAGUAUCUAAUCCCAAGAAGCCAGGUCGGGUCACUAACCAGUUGCAGUACCUACACAAGGUGGUGAUGAAAGCCCUGUGGAAGCAUCAGUUUGCCUGGCCAUUCCGGCAGCCGGUAGACGCCGUCAAACUGGGCCUGCCGGACUAUCACAAGAUCAUCAAGCAACCCAUGGACAUGGGAACCAUCAAACGACGCUUGGAAAACAAUUAUUACUGGUUGGCCUCUGAAUGUAUGCAGGAUUUCAAUACCAUGUUCACCAACUGCUACAUCUACAACAAGCCUACAGAUGACAUCGUACUGAUGGCACAGACACUAGAAAAGAUCUUUUUGCAGAAGGUGGCACUGAUGCCAUCUGAAGAACAGGAACUAGUGGUGACCAUUCCCAAGAAUAGCCACAAGAAGGGGGCAAAGCUGGCAGCACUUCAGAACAGCCUCACCAAUGCCCACCAGGUGCCUGCUGUCUCUUCUUUGUCUCACACACCUUUGUAUUCCUCAUCACCUGAGAUUCCCACCACUGUCCUGAACAUUCCCCAUGGCUCAGUCAUCUCUUCUCCCCUUCUCAAGUCUCUGCACUCCACUGGCACCCCUUUGCUGGCAGUCUCUGCAGCACCUACUGCCCAGCCACUCACCAAGAAGAAGGGGGUGAAGCGGAAAGCAGACACCACCACGCCUACACCAACAGCUAUCCUGGCUCCUGGUUCCCCAGCCAGUCCCCCUGGGGGUGGCCCAGAACCCAAAGCAGCUCGGCUGCCCCCCACACGCCGAGAAAGUGGCCGUCCCAUCAAACCCCCACGAAAGGACUUGCCAGACUCCCAGCAGCAGCACCAGAGCUCCAAGAAAGGGAAGCUGUCAGAGCAGCUGAAACACUGCAAUGGCAUUUUAAAAGAGCUACUUUCCAAAAAACAUGCUGCUUAUGCCUGGCCUUUCUAUAAGCCCGUGGAUGCUUCAGCUCUUGGCCUGCAUGACUACCAUGACAUUAUUAAGCACCCCAUGGACCUCAGCACUGUCAAGCGAAAGAUGGAGAACAGAGAUUACCGGGAUGCUCAAGAGUUUGCAGCUGAUGUGCGGCUUAUGUUUUCCAACUGUUACAAGUAUAACCCCCCUGAUCAUGAUGUCGUUGCCAUGGCACGAAAGCUGCAGGAUGUGUUUGAGUUCCGAUAUGCCAAGAUGCCUGAUGAACCAUUGGAGCCAGGACCCUUACCUGCCUCAACUAUUCUGCCCCCUGGCUUGGCCAAAUCAUCUUCUGAGUCCUCCAGUGAGGAGAGCAGUAGUGAAAGUUCCUCAGAGGAGGAAGAAGAAGAAGAAGAGGAGGAAGAAGAAGAAACUGAAAGCUCUGACUCGGAGGAAGAGAGGGCCAACAGGUUGGCUGAACUACAGGAACAGCUUCGGGCAGUACAUGAACAAUUAGCUGCCCUGUCCCAGGGGCCAAUUUCCAAGCCUAAAAGAAAACGAGAGAAGAAGGAAAAGAAGAAAAAGCGGAAGGCAGAAAAGCAUCGGGGACGAGCAGGGAUGGAUGAAGAUGACAAGGGUCCCAGGCUGCCUCGCCCACCACCACCACCCAAGAAAUCCUCCAAGAAGGCAGGUGGUAGUGGCAGCAGUGGUCCCGGGGCAGCAGGGACUCCCGGCUUUGGUCUUCCUGGAAGUGGUGCCACCAGGCCCCCAAAGAAGGCAAUGAAGACGGCUCCACCACCACCAACUGCUGCCUAUGACUCAGAGGAAGAAGAGGAGAGUCGGCCAAUGAGUUAUGAUGAGAAAAGACAGCUGAGCCUGGACAUCAACAAGUUACCUGGAGAGAAGCUAGGCCGUGUGGUCCACAUCAUCCAGGCCCGAGAGCCCUCACUCCGUGACUCAAACCCUGAGGAGAUUGAGAUUGAUUUUGAGACUCUCAAACCAUCCACACUUCGAGAACUUGAGCGCUAUGUUCUUUCUUGUUUGCGCAAGAAGCCAAGGAAACCCUAUACCAUCAAAAAGCCGGUGGGUAAGACGAAGGAGGAACUGGCUCUAGAGAAGAAGCGAGAGCUUGAGAAGCGGCUACAGGAUGUGAGUGGUCAGCUCAAUUCUACCAAGAAGCCCCCCAAGAAGGCGAGUGAGAAAGUGGAGUCAGCGCAGCAGGUGGCAGUGUCACGCCUCAGUGCCUCAAGUUCCAGCUCAGACUCCAGCUCAUCAUCAUCCUCAUCUUCCUCUUCUGAUACCAGUGACUCUGAUUCAGGCUAAGGGGCCAGGCAGCAAUGGGGCAGGAGGCUCUGCAGGACCGGAUUCCCCUAGCCCUCUCCAGAGGUUCCCUCUACUUGGAUCCCCCCCUCACCCCAUUCCCCCCAUGUGGGAGAGCUGGCUCUGCAAGGGGGGGAGGGAUACAUGGACAGUUCCCCCUGAGGGACUCAAGGGACAGGAGGAGGGGAUUCCCCUUGGGCUUGAAGCUCCCCACUUAAAAUAGACUGAAGUGGGGGGAGGGGUCUUGGGUAGGUAUAAAGUUGGGCUGAAGCCUGAGGCCACAACUACCAGCUGCCCACUCCUCUCCAAGGGCCCUGUUUUCUGAAGUUGUUUGUUUUAAUUUAUUUUAAAUGGCGCAGGGUUGGGGGAGG